GCGGGCGGGAGUUUGACGUGGCAGUCCCAGCCCGGCGGCACCUCCGCGCGCGAGACCGGCCUGCGGGGACGCCGGCCGCUUGGGGACGAGGCGCGGCGGGAGCUCGGGCACCGGGAGCGGCCGUGCGGGAGCGGGAGCAGAAUUCUUUUGUAGAACUAUCCUUUGGAAUGCCAUUUUCACAAUGAGUCAUCAAGGUUACGUGGCAACACCCCCCUAUUCUCAGUCCCAGCCUGGAAUAGGCCUUUCUCCCCCGCACUAUGGACACUAUGGGGACCCAUCCCAUGCACUGUCUCCACCAGGCGUGAUGAAGUUGGCAGGGCCUUUGGGGGCUGCUGCCCCUGGGGCGAUGUUGCCACCGGGCCCCCCGCCAUCGGGACCCCAUCAGUUUGGCCAGAAUGGAGCUCACGCCUCAGGCCAUCCUCCCCAAAGAUUUCCAGGCCCUGCGCCUGUGACAUCCUCCUACGCACCAUACCCACCCUCUGCACCGCCGUCCUACCCGGGGCCGGCCUCCGCAUCCCCCGCCAGCCGGCUGGGCAGUCAGCUCGGUGCCCUGCAGAUCAGCGGCUACGGUUCCUCCCAGCCUGGCGCGGCUGCUCCCGGCCAGGGGCCCCCCGGGCCUCCUCUGCCCUCCGCGUUCCAGAGCCCUCCACGUCCUGCACAGCCGUCCGCCCUGCAGCCUGGACCCCAGCUUCUCCCACCGCCGCCCACCACGCUGAACGGCCCUGGAGCCCCGGCCUUGCCACCGGCCUACAGGCAGGAUGGGCUCCCGGGGCCUGCAAGCACGCAGUUCCAGCCCCCGCCGCCACCCGGCCAGGGCCCGGGCGCUGGGUACCCUCCGCAGCAGGCGGGCCCGCAGCUGUCCUACCCUGGUGGCUUCCCCGGAGGCCCCGCGCAGAUGGCCGGCCCACCCCCGCCCCAGAAGAAGCUGGAUCCUGACUCCAUCCCCAGCCCGAUCCAGGUGAUCGAGAAUGAUAGAGCCAGCAGAGGGGGACAGGUGUACACCACCAACACCCGAGGCCAGGUGCCUCCACUCGUCACGACGGAUUGCAUGAUACAAGACCAAGGCAACGCCAGUCCUCGGUACAUCCGUUGCACGACCUACUGCUUCCCGUGCACCGCCGACAUGGCCAAGCAGUCCCAGAUCCCCCUGGCUGCCGUCAUCAAACCCUUUGCCACGAUCCCUUCAGACGAGACGCCCCUUUUCUUGGUGAAUCACGGAGAGAAUGGGCCGGUCCGGUGCAACAGGUGCAAGGCCUACAUGUGCCCGUUCAUGCAGUUCAUCGACGGGGGGCGGAGGUUCCAGUGCGGGUUCUGCAGCUGUGUCAGUGACGUUCCACCAUUCUAUUUCCAACAUCUGGACCACGUUGGAAGGCGACUGGACCACUACGAGAAACCCGAGUUAUCUCUGGGGUCGUACGAGUACGUGGCGACUUUGGAUUACUGCAGAAAGAAUAAGCCUCCCAACCCACCAGCCUUUAUCUUCAUGAUUGACGUUUCAUAUAGUAACAUAAAGAACGGGCUCGUCAAGCUUAUCUGUGAAGAACUGAAGACUGUGCUGGAGAAACUUCCAAAGGAAGAGCAAGAGGAGACGUCUGCAGUUCGAGUUGGUUUUAUCACAUACAACAGAGUUCUCCAUUUCUUCAACGUCAAGAGCAAUCUGGCGCAGCCUCAGAUGAUGGUGGUGACGGAUGUGGGGGAAGUCUUUGUGCCUUUGCUGGAUGGUUUCCUCGUCAGCUAUCAGGAAUCCCAGUCUGUGAUCCACAAUUUGUUGGACCAGAUUCCCGAGAUGUUUGCCGACUCCAAUGAAAACGAGACCGUCUUUGCCCCUGUCAUCCAGGCCGGCAUGGAAGCACUAAAGGCGGCGGACUGUCCCGGGAAGCUGUUCAUCUUCCAUUCGUCCCUGCCGACCGCCGAGGCCCCGGGAAAGCUCAAAAACAGAGAUGACAAAAAGCUGGUGAACACAGACAAAGAGAAGAUGCUUUUCCAGCCGCAGACGCACGUCUACGACGCGCUGGCCAAGGACUGCGUGGCCCACGGCUGCUCCGUGACGCUCUUCCUCUUCCCGAGUCAGCACGCGGACGUGGCCUCGCUGGGGCUCGUGCCGCUGCUCACCGGGGGGACGCUGUACAAGUACAGCAACUUCCAGAUGCACUUGGACAGCCAACAGUUUUUGAACGACCUCAGAAACGACAUUGAAAAGAAAAUAGGCUUCGAUGCUAUUAUGAGGGUUCGCACCAGCACAGGCUUCAGGGCCACCGAUUUCUUCGGCGGGAUCGUCAUGAACAACACCACUGACGUGGAGAUGGCGGCCGUCGACUGUGACAAGGCUGUGACCGUGGAGUUCAAGCACGACGACAAGCUCAGUGAGGACAGUGGUGCCUUGAUCCAGUGUGCUGUGCUCUACACGACGCUCGGCGGCCAGAGGCGGCUCCGCAUUCACAACCUCGGCCUGAGCUGCAGCUCCCAGCUGGGGGACCUGUAUAAGAGCUGCGAGACCGACGCCCUCAUCAACUUCUUCGCCAAGUCAGCGUUUAAAGCGGUUCUGCACCAGCCUUUGAAGGUCAUCCGGGAGACCCUUGUCAGCCAGACGGCGCACAUGCUGGCGUGUUACCGCAAGAACUGUGCCAGCCCCUCCGCAGCCAGCCAGCUCAUCCUACCGGAUUCCAUGAAAGUGCUGCCCGUGUACAUGAACUGCUUGCUCAAGAACUGUGUGCUGCUCAGCAGGCCAGAGACCCCCACGGACGAGCGGGCCUUCCAGAGGCAGCUGGUCCUGACCAUGGGGGUGGCCGACUCCCAGCUCUUCUUCUACCCGCAGCUCCUGCCCAUACACACACUGGACGUCAAGAGCUCAGCAUCACCUGCUGCUGUCCGCUGCUCCGAGUCGCGUCUUUCGGAGGACGGAAUAUUCCUGCUGGCCGACGGUCUGAGCAUGUUCCUGUGGCUGGGAGUGAGCAGCCCGCCCGAGCUGAUCCAGGGCAUAUUUAACGUGCCGUCUCUCGCUCACGUCAACACAGACACGACGCUGCUGCCCGAGGCGGGCAGCACGCACGCGCGGCAGCUCGGACGGGCGAUGAGCGCUGUGCAGCACAGGAGCCCGUACGCGAUGAAGCUCACCAUAGUGAAGCAGCGUGAGCCGCCCGAGGCCGGAUUCCGGCAGCUGCUGGUGGAGGACAAAGGCCCGCAGGGCGGCGCGUCCUACGUGGACUUCCUGUGCUGCCUCCACAAGGAGAUCUGCCAGCUGCUGAACUAGCCGUCCCGCCGUGGCCUCUCUAGGAGUCUCCUGUGCCUGUUUUCCAGAUGACAAUAGGCUGGUUUUGAUCUCGCGCUCACUUUCAGAACCGCUUUCCGAGGGGCAUCCAGAACGUCAGCUUGGUGCUCAGGUAAACGCCAGUGGAGCUGCCACCGUGCCACACGGGGCACAGUCCCCCUCUGCUUGCACAGUGUCUGGCGCAGUUUGCAUUUCAUGAAAGGCAAAGUUUACAGAACCUUAAACCUUCUCUCAAGUUUCUUUCUUUGUGCAGACAUAAAUUAUUUUUCAAACUGUAUAGAUUUGAGGGAAAAAGUUGUCUUGGUUCCUCUCCCAUUUGUGGUGAGGAAAAAAAAGCUUAAUUUUUACAUUAUACCUAAUUUUUUUAAACCAUGUAACUCCAUUGAACACGUUUUUUAACUUAAGGUUUGCACAGCGAACCUUGAAAUCUAUCUGGUAGAACAAUUUGUGUUCUACGUUUUUUUCAUAAUUAUAUAUUGUGUAUGUUAAAACUAUUUUCCAGUUGUUUUGUCUAUAAAACUGUCUUUAUCAAUAUUCUUAAUGGUUCUUUGUACAAUUCUGAAGGUUUCUAGCUGUAUAUAAUGGAUCUUAACCCAUGUCAAUAAAUUACUUCCUAUACUCUU